AUGAUAAACAAUCUCUUAGACAAAUACAAGCCGGCAGAGGAAAUGAUACAGAGAUUUUUACGAGUGGAUCACGCGGGUGAAGUUGGAGCUAAUGACAUUUACGCGGGACAGAUGGCAGUUCUAGGACGAACCAAGGAAGCUCCUAUUAUACAGCACAUGUGGGAUCAAGAGAAAGUACACAGAGCUAAAAUGAACGAGCUUAUAGUCGAACACCGAGUCCGCCCGACAGUCCUUUUACCCAUCUGGCGGGCAGCUGGUUUCGCUUUGGGCGCAGGAACCGCCCUGAUUGGAAAAGAGGGCGCGAUGGCGUGCACUGUGGCUGUCGAGGACACUAUUGUAACUCAUUACACUGAUCAGAUAAGAGAAAUUAUUGACCAGGGUAAAGAAGAGGAAUAUAAAGAAUUACUACAGAUAAUAAAAAAGUUCCGAGACGAGGAGUUAGAACAUCACGACACAGGAAUAGAGCAUGGGGCAGAACUGGCUCCGCAAUACAAACUACUCACCAAAGUCAUCAAAUUGGGCUGUCAGACUGCUAUCAAAAUUGCCGAGAGAGUGUAA